GAGCCCUGGUCCAUGUGGGCACCGGGCAGCCGGGGCGAGCGCAACUCCUUCUGGCCGAGCAGAGCGCCCCAGAGGCGGGGGGAUGGAGCCGCUCUGUCCGCCCCUCUGGAGAGGGUGGGUCCGCAGACCCCACGCUGCUGUAGGUCGGUGUUAGUGUCACUCAGGAGUCGGAUGAUGCUCCGUUUUUCUUAGUUAAACCCCUUUAGAGGUGAUCAGUGACCACAGAGUGAGAGAAACUAACUGCUCGCUGGAAAACUAACUUUGAUUUUUACUGAAUGGAGUCAGACAGAAGGACCAGCUCUGUGGACAUUUGGACAAUUUCUGCAUCAUUUUGGACAAAUGUUGAUUCAUUUUGGGACAAAUUUUGAGUGAUUUUAGGAACAUUUUGAGUUAUUGUAGGAACUUUUCGAGCCAUUUGGAAUAAGUUUGCAUCAUUUUGGACAAAUUUUGUGUAAUUUGGGGAACAUUUUGAGUAAUUUUGGGAACUUUUUGAGCCAUUUGACCAAAUUUUCCAUCAUUCUGGACAAAUUUUGAUAGAUUUUGGGAACAUUUUGUGAAAUUCUGGGAACUUUUUUGAGCCAUUUGGACAAAUUCUACAUCAUGUUGGACAAAUAUUGAGUAAUUUGGGGAACUCUGUGAGUUAUUUUGGGAACCUUUUGAGCCAUUUGGACAAAUUUUAAGUAAUUCUGGGACCAUUUUGAGCUAUUUAUGAAAUGUUUAUUUUUCUCCUCUCUCUCCUGUUCAUCUACUUGACUGAAGCAGAUGAACAGCUCCUGAUGUCUCUGACUGGAGCUUUAGUUUGUGCUGAGCUGCUAACAGAGAACAUCUGGAUGUGCUGAGCUGCUGACAGAGAACAUCUGGAUGUGUUGAGCUGCUAACAGGGAACAUCUGGAUGUGUUGAAGCUGCUAACAGGGAACAUCUGGAUGUGUUGAAGCUGCUGACAGAGAACAUCUGGAUGUGUUGAAGCUGCUGACAGAGAACAUCUGGAUGUGUUGAGCUGCUAACAGGGAACAUCUGGAUGUGUUGAAGCUGCUAACAGGGAACAUCUGGAUGUGUUGAAGCUGCUGACAGAGAACAUCUGGAUGUGUUGAAGCUGCUGACAGAGAACAUCUGGAUGUGCUGAGCUGCUCUGUUGAACUGUGUGUUGGUGUUUAAUCUUUGUAACCCACAGAUGGAGCUGCUGUUCAAACAGUGCUGAGUGGGCGUUCCUGUUCCUGCAGGCUGGGCUUUGCUUUGGCUCUUGUUUUUGUGUCCUCUCCGCCUACUUGUUGAGUUCUUGUGUAACCGUCGGGUGUGUUGUCGUCGUGUUGUUGUUGUUGUUGAAGAGCAGCUGAUCAUGGACACACUGCCAUGUGGGUUGCUGACCGUCUGCUGGUGUGCGUUUUGUGUCACAGCUGAAGUCCACAGACAGAUGGAAGCCGUCGCUGGAGACGAUGUUCUUCUCGACUGUCGGUCUCUCCACAAUGACGUCACACUUCUGGAGUGGAUCAGACCCGACCUGAAGGCCGACGGAUACGUUUUCUUCUACCGCGAGAGGCGCUCGUAUGAAAACUAUCAGCAUCCAUAUUUUAAUGGCCGAGUGAAGCUGGGAGAUCUGCGGAUGGAAAACGGAAAUAUGUCUGUCCUCCUGACCAACGUACAGCCAGAUACAGACAACGGAACAUACCUGUGUGAUGUUUCUGGAGGAACCAAACGAAGAGGCAGGACAACUUCUUCUGAGAUCAAGCUGACCGUUUCCCCUGCAAAACCCAGAAACAUUCAGAAACAAAUCUGGAAUGGAGGAAACAAGGAUGGAGGAAACAGGGAUGGAGGAAAUAAGGAUGGAGGAAAUAAGGAUGGAGGAGACAAGGAUGGAAAUAAUCGAAGGCGUUCCUGGUCCAUCCAGGUCUACACUCCCUCCAACCGAAGGUUCCUGGUCCAUCCAGGUCUACACUCCCUCCAACCGAAGGUUCCUGGUCCAUCCAGGUCUACACUCCCUCCAACCACAGGUUCCUGGUCCAUCCAGGUCUACACUCCCCCACCUCCAACCACAGGUUCCUGAUCCAUCCAGGUCUAGACUCCCUCCCUCCAACCAGAGGUUCCUGGUCCAUCCAAGUCUACACUCCCCCACCUCCAACCACAGGUUCCUGGUCCAUCCAGGUCUGGACUCCCUCCCUCCAACCAAAGGUUCCUGGUCCAUCCAGGUCUAGACUCCCUCCCUCCAACCAAAGGAUUCUAAUCCAACCUCCACAGAGGUCCAGAGAUCUUCUCCUCUGUGGUUCCUCGGUGGUGGAACCAGUUGCCAAACUCUGUUCAGUCUUUAAGAAAAGACUAAAAACCAGAUCUUCACUGAACACCUUUAACUUGACAGACUGCAAAAAUAAAAAUAAAAAUAAAAAAAUCCUAGUACGUCUACUUCCUGUAGACACCACAGUUCUAUUAUCACACCUGAACUUGUUUCAUGGCUCUUAUCUGGGUUAUUUUCUCCUGACUAGAUCGUUGCUGGUGGUGGAUCUACUCUCAGAUGGACGUCUUUGGAAUGGAUACCGGAUCAUGUGACCUAAAUAUGUAGCGGGUGGCGGGAAUUGAUGGGACUCAGAAACACCCCCACAAUUUAAUCAGUUGUUCCUUGGAUCAUUUCUGAUGGAUAAGUCCUGAUAAGUCCUCAGUGGUGGAUUUGUAGUAGGAUCACAAUCAUGUGAUCAUGUAGCAUUCAUUUGUUGUCAUGGUUACAGUGACGCCGUGCCGCUAUCUGGCAAUGAUACAGAAAUCUUUAACUAAUCUGUAGAUCCAGACUAGGAGCUGCAUCACUGCCAAAAUCUAAUCACUUGGUCCUUGUGUCAUUUCUGACCUUCAAUGGAAAUUUCAUCCACAUCUGUUUAUGAGUGAUGUUGCUAACAGACAGACAGACAGACAGACAGACAGACAGACAGACAGACAGACGUACACCGAUCAUCACAUAACUCCACCGUUCUUUGGCGAAGUUGUGCGACGAUCACUGGAAAUAAAUCUGGAAAUAAAUGUGUUCCAAAGCUCUGCAUGUUAGAACCUGAUGAAAUGUUGUGGAUGUAAAGUGUUCUGUCAGAUGAGAUCAGAACCACAUAGAAAAGUUCUGAUUGUCCAGAAUGAAGCACAACUGAUGAACAGAACUUUAGAUUGAACUUGUUUUAUUGUUUAAUCUGUUAGUAGCUCUGAUGAUGGUCUAAACUGUCGUACAGGAUAAGCUAAUUUGAUAUAUUUUGUACAUUUUUAUACUACUCAGUGGUCUGUAAGUUUCAUCUUCAUCCUAUAUCAUGUUUUGUUGUUAGUCUGCAGAUAAAUGUAGUCCAGUAAAAUAACAUUGUUUGCUACUGAACUGUAGUGAAGGUUGAAUAGAAUAAACUGAACUGAUGCUGAUAGAAUUCUGUUUAUACUAUAACACAAUGGAAAUAUGGAACUUUACUGCUGCUUUUUGCACUUUGGCUUUGAUGCAAAACUGUUUGUCUUUGUUCUUGUAUUUGGACAGUAAAGUUGAAUCUACUCAGUGAUCUGUGCUUCAUUAUAAUUUCUGUAAAUAUAUUUAGGAUUUUAAAGCUGGUUUCUUUUCUGCAGCAGUGAUAAUAAAGGUUGUUUCCCCAGAUUGUGA